GCGUAGCUAUUGUCGCACCUUGACGUCGGACCGAUUUGCACGUAGCAGGGAGAUUGAAGAGGAAUACCGUGUGAUUUUUGGAUUAUUAAACGCGUGGAUAUUUUUGGUGAUGAGGCAGAAACCUUGAAAUGAGAGUGUGAAAUGGUCUCAGCUCAGAGAGAGAGGAUAACUUCUUCAGCCUGGUGGAUGAAAACGAGCAGGACGGCUGAGAGGAGAAGCUGCUGCUGCUGCAUUCAUAAACACUUCUUUAGGACUCACUAACACCCCUGAGCUUUGUUUGGGGACACUAAACGCAACAUUUCACGGCUGUGCACGUGGGUAGAAGAUGGCUGGCAAAGGUAAACUCAAGCCAGAGCCCCUCGGUGGAGUUGUCAGGCUCAGAGAGGAGCAUAAGAAGGUAUGAUACCCAACAUCGAGCUGCUCCGACACCCAACAUCAACCGUUAGCCACACACAGGUAGACACCACGCGGCGGAGCAGCAACGUCCCUGACCUACGCGUGAUCCGCUCCUGGCCAUUUCACUUUACACACAAACCCCUGCACAGAACUCACACCGACAAGCAUGUCACAUCCGUAAUCUGUGUCCACUUUCCAGAAGCUUCCUCCUCGUAGUCUCUCACAUGUCCCUGUUGAGUAAAUGUUAUCUGUGGGUGUGUUUGCUUUCGUUUCUCUGCAAAUCUAAAACCAGACUGUGUGUUUUACGUCUAUGGUUGCAGAUUUAUUGGCGUCGAGAUUGAUAAAAAACAAAUUUUACCGUCUUUAAACUUAAGUCAGACAACUAACGGUGAGAGUAAGCUUCACUCAGUAGUAGGGGAGACAGGGGAUGGCUGCAACGCUGGGGGCAUUCACGUCUAGUGCUUUAACCAGACCAAACAAAUAUAGAAACAAUCUAAAGUACAAAAAUUUUGGACACAAUAUUAGUUUGAAAUCCGAGUGACUGAAAAUUACAUUCAUUUUUUAAAUUUCAUGCAGCAACAUGUUUCUAGAAAGUAGUCACAGGUUCAUGUUUACGAUUGUGUGUCAGCAGCUCUUCUUUUACCAACCCUCUGUAAACAUUAGUGAACCCAGGAGACCAGUUUCUGGGGUCUGAUAGUGAAAUGUUGUCCCAGUCUUGCUUCAUAGGACUGCAGGCAGGCCAGUUCAGCAGCAGGACUCUCCCAUGACAAAGACAUGUUGUUGUUUUCCCUGCAGAAUGGGGUUUGUCAUUGUCUUGCUGAAAUAUGAAGGUCUUCCCUGAAAAAAGUCAUUGUCUGGCAGCAGAUGUUGCUCCUAACUUUGUUUUCUAUCAUGCUUUUAUUAAAUAGAUAUAUACUGUUGGAAACUAGGAAAGGCCACAUUCACUAUCCAGUCAGCUGCAUCAGAAACAUCAUGUAUCAUCCAGACACUCAGCUAUAGUUCUAUUUAGGCCUGUCGCGAUAAUCAAUAAAUCGCUUUAUCGCUCGAUAAAUAAAAACGAGGUUGAUAACUUUGCCAGCCUCGAUAAUUGACGUGCGUUUGUUUUCCUCCUCUCUCGCUACCAAACACGCUGGAUGAGAGAAGAGGUCUCACUCUGCGCAUUGUUCUCGGCACCUGGGGGCGUUGGCUCUAUGGCGGAAUGAACAGAGUUAGUGAACCCUCCUGUCAGUCAUUCAGUGUCUUUGUCACGAGGGGGCUGGCGCGCACAGGCACACAGACACAGACUUUUUGGAUACAGUGCUGCAAGUGAGCGUCGUGAGUGAAAAGCAAUCUAACAGAAUGAACACGACAGCUUUGGUGUCUAAACCGAACGCAACAGCCCAAGUGUGGGAAUAUUUCGGCUUUAAACCAGUUUUGUUUUCGUCAACCACAAAACUCCACGUGUGUGUGCGCGCGCGCGCGUGCAUGUGUGUCUGUGUGUUGGAGGAGCACAGCAGGCUGAUGAGAGCUGUCAGAGCGGACUGAAGCUGCUCCUAUAUGUUUAGCGUUUAACUGACUGAGUUUUGCAACUCUGUUCGUCAUCUCCGUCUCGUCCCAUCAACGUAAACGCACUUUCGUCUCGUCACAUUUUAGUCAUCUCCGACUUAUGUUUAGCUCGUCAACGUUACGUCUUCGUCGUGGGAGAAAAGGGAAAUAUUUUAGUCAACGAAAACAACCAGUGUUGUUCUCGUGUGGAAAUUAAAGUUUAUCACUUUUGACAGGGUGUACUCGCAUUAUUAUGCCAUAUAAUAUCAUUAUCUAUAAUUUAAAAAAUGGUGUCAAUAAUAUCGUUUAUCGGCAAUAAUUUGUAGCACAAUUAUCGUCCAGCAAAAUUUGUUAUCGUGACAGGCCUAGUUCUAUUUUAACUAUGCCAAAUAGAAGUCCAUAAAACAAGAGUCCUAAAUAAGUAAAGUUGGAUAAAUUGAUGAAAAUCAAAUUGGGACUAAAAGACCAAAAUAAAGUUGGUUUUAAAAUGAUACAGCAGCAUGUUUAAGUGUCCUCUGUGCCCCCUGUGAGUUGAAGGUCAAACUUCUGUGGCUGAGGUCAAACUUGUUACUAGUAUCCUCUGAAAUGUUAAGAGUGUGACCCUGGCAAGCAAAGUUUCAAACAGCACAUGAGAGCCAUGCAGACCCCAAGGAGUAUCCGUGUGUGUGUGUGUGUUGGGGGUGGUGGGGGUUCAUGUGGCUGUCCCACCACAGUGACGGUCCAGAGCUGACUGAACAAACGUCCUCACCAUGGACGGCGUUCGAACAGCUGUGUUUAUCUUCCUCUCCUUCUUCCUGGAUCCUGAUUCUCAGAGUGAUCAGUCUGUAACUUUGACCAAAACAUUUACAAUCACAAUAAAGUCAGAGUAUUUGUUUUCUCUUAUCUCUCUGUGGCUUUGGUUAAAGUUUAAACAAACCCUUUAUGCAAGAGUUUUCCAAGAUUGUCAGUGUGAUUCACUUUGACAUAAUUUGUCCUAAAACAGGUGGUGAGAGACUGCGAGAGUCGGAUUCAACACUGGUAAGCAUUAAAAACUACCGUCUUUUUCUAACAAUGAACUCAGUCUUCUGUUUUUCUGAAUUAUUAACUCCUAAAGUUUGCCAAAAGAGGUUCUGAUAUGUGAGUAUUUUUUAUAAGGGUAUAACUUUAAGUAUAACAUUGAUACUUUUCUGCACAGAUUUCAGUCUGCUAUGAAAUAUUUUGAAGUUACAGUCAAUACAGGGGCUGUUAGUCUUUUUAAGGGUUCUGAGAGAAGUCAUGUUUCCAUCGCUCUCUUUCUCUGCUGCAUAAAGUUAUACUUAAUUGGUGAAUUUUAAUUCUGAUUAUCAUAAUGUAUGUGUAAUGAUAACAAUAAUCCUCAUAACCAUCAAUAUGAGUUUCAGUCUAUUUCACAGAUGUCAACAAUCUCCUUACAGGAGCUUUAACUUUGGCCCCCUGUAUUAUUCCGUGCUUUAUUUGUUGCUAUUAAGUGUUUUAUAUGAACUUUAUUUUUCAUUUAAAAUAUCGCAAAAAUAAAUUUGAACAGGUUUACAGCCUGGGCUAAAUAUUUAUUGUUUAAUUUUAUUUAUUUAUUUUUUAGCCAUUACAGAAACAAUAUUAUUAUCUUGUAUUACCAAACUUAAAAAGUCUGCGUCAUUGGAGUCAUAUGAUUGGCUAAUGCACAUUUACCCACAAUAUACUGUUAAACUAGUUAUAUACAGGAAUGAAAAAUCUGUCCAACACUUUACCCCCCCCCCCCCCCCCCCCACACACACACACACACACAAAAACACACACACAAACAAAACAGAGCAGCACUGAUUGAAAAGUUGGAUCUGGGAGCUGACAGGGGUUAAGUUUGCUGAUUUUUAAAGAAUACAGAAGAAAACGUAACCGAACUUCAACUUUUUCCUCUGAAAGACUGUAAAAAAAGUGACUCCUGCACUGACCGGAGGAUAGAAGGGUCAAUACCUAAUCGUGAGACUGGACAGCACCUAUCAGCAUUAAUCUUCCAUGACUUGAUCAGGAUGAAAUUAAAAGAAAAUUUUCACCAUACCGAGAAACAUGGAUGGCUUUAAACAUGGAAAUUAACAUGGAGACAGACAUGAAAACUAAUGAUGGUGCUGAUGAGGUAUUUUUGAUCUGACAUGAGAAAUAGCCAAUAAAAUAGUGAAAUGUUAAGACAGCUCAACAGCCCUACAUGAGUAAAAACACUGAUAGUACAGUAUAGACAGUACACUAAUAAUACUAUAGUGGACAGAAAAGCUGUUUUGUCUCUGUUUACACCAUUCUCCUUAAAAAAGGACAUCAGAAGUUAAAAUAUUGAAGAUGCUGGAUUCUGUUGUGUCUGGUUUUACUGGCUGCUGCAGCCUGUGAGCCAACAUUUUCACAUCCCUGGUCUCUGAGUGCUCAUCUUUGUCACAUAAAACACACAUUUUCAAAGAAAUUAAAUCAGUAUUUCAUGCAGACGUGGAGCUGUGGGUAUGAUUCCCUUCUUAUUUCUGUCAGCUCAGUUUGUGUUUCUGCAGAUUCAUGUCAUCAUAAAAACCUUGAGUUUGGCCUCCUCUGCUAAUCAAGACUGAUUCUGUGUAGAAUUGACGCUCUGUGUUUGGAGUGUCGGACUCUCCCUGACCAAUCAGAGGCAUUUGUUUGGAGUGUGCGGUGAUUAGCUCGAUUAUUCUGAUUCACAGACACAUGCAGCCACACAGUGAGUUCAGUAACAAGCUUACAGUCCAGACAGAAACCAACCAAAAGAAUCUGCAAUUCUUAUUCUCUGAUCACCCACCGUCACUGCCUCUCUGUUGUACACAACAAAGCUUUAUUCUGCUCUUUUGUAAAAGUCCAGUUUUGCUCUUCUGUCUUGACUCUGCUGUGAGGCUGUCAUGAAACUUUAAUCCUGUUAAUAAUAGAAGAAAGAGAGUUAUAUCUUUGCUCUCAAAAAGUUUCAGUUCUCCUUCACAGUGACCUAUGUCCUCAGUAACUAACUCAGUGAUCACUGCUCAUUGUUCUGCUUCACAUCUUAAUAUUAGCCAAUAUUGGCCAAACAGCAGUUAUAUUAUAGCGGAUGAAAAUGAACAAAUCUCACUAAUGUUACCGGAAUUACUUCAGAGCUGUUUUUGUGAAUUGAUGCUUCUGCAGGAAGAAGGUGUCAGGAGACUAUGAAGCCUUGAGUGAGCGCCUUCAGACUCUGCCUGACCAGCUGUGUUAUGACGUCAUGGUGAGUGCCGACAUGGUCACUAAACCUACCUGAGCUCUGAGAGAGUUAAAAAAAAGUACAUCUAUCUCCGAGCAUCAUCUGCUUAGUGCAUAAACAAAUCGUGAAUGCAUUUAUUGUCACUGCUGUCUUUUGAAAGUGUGAAUCCGCCCUCUCUCUUACCUCCACAUUUACCCCCCUGCUCUCUUAAACUCUUUCUCUUUCUUAUUACCCUUUCUUCCCCCCUAUCCCCUCAUAAACAGGUGCCGUUCGGCCCUCUGGCCUUCAUGCCUGGAAAGCUCGUGCACACAAACGAGAUCACAGCCUUGCUCGGGGACAACUGGUUUGCCAAGUGCUCGGCCAAGCAGGCUGAGAAGCUGGUGGAGCACCGGAUGAAAUGUGAGUCUGAUUUGAAGGUUGUUUUCGCUCUCUUCUGUCAGAGAGGUGAAGUUUUGGACUCAUUCACCAACUUUUUUAAAGAAGCCCUACUUCUUAAAACUCAUGACAAAGUGACAGAGAUGGUUUAAAGGUGUAAACAGACAUCUUCAUCAUUCUCGAGCGAUUUCUCUGCUUAGUGUCAGAUGUUCUUAUUCGUCUUGUCUCGUGUCUCUUUUCCAGGCCACAUGAUAUAUUGUACUCACCCUUCCCUCACUCACUAUGUAUUGUACCGAAUACUUUUAGCAUGUUCCCACUUUAACAGGGACAAAUGGAGCAAAUGCCCAACUUAUGAGGAUACAGCAUGUACUGAAUUUAAAAACAAGGUCAUAAACUUGUCUCAGAGUUUUCUAAGGAACUCUCCUAAAAGAAAAACUCAUGGAGAUGGUGGUGAAUGAGCUCCAGUGUGAAAAUAUUAUUUUGAACCUCGCUUUGUUAUCCAGCAGAGGGUGCUGUUGCUGCAUCAGAGAAACUUUGAGCUCUGUAGACUCUCUGAACUUCAUUUUUUUCUGUUCAGAUGAUAAAAGAUGAACUUUCAGCAGUUUGUAAAGCUGUAGUUGAGGUUAAAGAUAUUUUUUGUGCUGAUGCUGAUCACAGAAGAAACAGUGGAAGUCUGCAUGCUUUAUAAGACCUGCUUUAUACUUUGUUGCACAUGUGCAUGGCAGUGUUUGCAGCACCUUCAUUCAUCACUGCCUCUGUUUUAGAGCUUAUAGCGUUGUCUCUUCUGUGCUUAAACUGGGUGAUGAUGAAAUGUUUAAAGUCUGAGUGUGUAUGUUUAUUGCUGUUUGGACUGUGUGUUUGUUAGUGUGUGUGUUUGUAAGUGUGUGUUUGCCCCGCUGCUCAUUCUGGGGCUGAAAAUCUCAUAUCAAGUCAAAUGGGCCCGAGUAACGAUCUCUGAUGUGAACAUUAUUAGAGUGUUUAGUGAAGCAGAAAUGUGCUGCCACAGCCCAUCCUCAGCCGUCUGCACCCCCCCUCCUCUCUCUCUCUCUCUCACACACACACACACACAUACUCUUAACCUCCCCCCCCCCCAUUCUGACCCUGCCCACCCCGCUAUUACAGAGCUAAGUGCUGUAAUACAAACACAGCUAGCUGAGAUGUGUCAGACAGCGGCGGAGUUGUCAGGCCUUCUGUGUUUGACCUUUCUUCACUUCCAGUUGAUGCGCUGACUGGAGGGGCUCCCCAUCGCCAUGGAAACAGGGGCCCUCUGCUGCUAUUAGCAAAAGGGCUUAAUUGUUGUCAAGAUUUAAUGAUCCGGAGUAGUAUUCAGGGCAGAAGAUAUUAUGAACUGUUUGUGUCAUCAUUUUUCAAUUUUUUCCCCCCAACUUGUUUUGGUUUUUAACUCUUCGGCGUCUGGUUGCCGCUCUUCCUAGAAAUGUUUGGUAUGAAAAGUUUUAUUUAAAUCUCUGUUCGCCUGGAGCCAGUUUUUGCAGUGUUUCUGUCUGAAUGCACAUUUUGAUGCUAAUUUCCUGAUUUUUCUGCAGUUGUGAAGAGAGAAAUAGACGAGCUGUCGAAGACCAUGAAGAACUUUGAAGCCAGAGUCGGGUUUGCAAAGGAUUUGGAAAUCUCAGGCGUAAGUCACAUUUCUACAAACUCUCUCUCUGAUCGAUAUCACUUAAAGAGGUGAUUUAUGUUUUUACGUAUGUUACCAACAAAAAAUAUUAAGAACAUUUAACAUGACCACAGUUUUAGAUUGUGAGGUAAAGAUGUCUUAGGUUAAGCUCAGACAAAGACUGCAGGGUUUUCUCAUCAGCAUAUUAGAACUCACCAGAAUCUGGAUCAUCAGAAUCAGUGAAUCUCCUUAACAAGGAUCAAUAAACCAAACAGUUACUUGUCCUGUAAUGCUGGUUUUAUGUCCCUUUCCAGACUCUCAGGGUCAGAUUUAAGAUUCACAAAAAUACAGAAACAAGGUUUUGUACCAUGGCGACAGUGAAGGACUGUUCUUGAGAGCUGGGUUCCACAAUUUUGGGUUCCAGAAUGCUGGGUUCUAAAACUUGGGGUUUGAAAAUAACUGGCUUGAGAAUGCAGGAUGCUGAAGUGCUUCGUGAAAGAAAGCAGAAUUCUGGAAUGCUUGGUUCUGGAGUGUUGGAUUCAGAGAUAUUGGGUUCCAGAGUGCUGAGUUCUAGAAUGGGGGGUUCUGGAAUGCUGGAAUGUGGAUACUGGAUUCUGAAAUGCGAAGUUCGAUUCUUGAAAGAUGAGUUCCAGAAUGCAGAACACUGAAAUGUUUCCAGACUGCUGGAAUCUGGAAUACUGGUUUCCAGAAAUCUGGGCUUCAGACAGCUGGGUCACAGGGUUCUGGGAGGCAAGGCUUCAGCAUGUAGGAUUCUGGAAUGCUGGGUUCUGAAAUGCUUAGUUCUGGAAUGAUGAGUCCUGGAGUACCAGUUUAUAGAACACUGGUUUCUGAAAUGCUGGUUUCCAGGAAGUUUGGACCAAGAGGGUAUGGUUUUAUAAAGCUGGGGUCAGAAUGGUGGCUUCUGGAAUCUAGAUUCCAGAACACUGGGUUCUGGAAUUCGGAGUUCUGGAAUGUUGGCUUUUGGAAAGCUGGGUUCUAGAAUGCUGAACUCCAGAGUGCUUUGAGGUUCCUCUAAUGUUGCAUUCGCACCAAGCUCGAAUAAAGUCAUCUACUCGCUUAAUUCACACGCAUAUAGACGCGUGAAUGUUGUGUAUUUACUUGCUUAAUUUGUUUUGCGUCUGCAGAGUGUCCAAACACACAUGUGCAGACAUAGCAGGGGAUGGCCACACUGUGAGGAGCUGUUGAGUUGAAGAACUUACCAGAUAAUAAGACCUGCUGGUCUGUUGUUGACAUACGUCACGGGAUAUCUCCGUACUGAUCUGUUGUCACGACGCGAACAUUCUCUUGAGUUUAGAUAUUUUCAACCCUCGAGAAUAGGCGUUUGAAGCGAGGGGAUGGUAAUUUGUAUCAUUCACACGUAUGACCCGCUCAAUUUGCACAUAUUGCGUCUUUGCAUUGACUUUACAUGUAUUUUACUUGCACAAAUGAUUUUACUUGCACUUGGUGUGAGGUAUGAAAUGCUUCAGACGGAGGUUGAAAUGGGAAGUUUUUUACAGACUAAUCUGAGGUAAUGAAAUGAUUUUCUGAGUCGUCGGUCGUGUUAAGCUGCUACAGAGCUGUUAGAGGGACGAUGUUAGGCUGAACAUCAGUAGACUCUCUCCAUUUUAAGGUAUUUAUGGUACAAAUGUUUUGACUGUUUUUCUUGUAGAGUAAAGAGGACUAUGUUGACAUCAGAGAAGAGGACAGAAACAUCGACACUGCUCUCACCAAAGGUAUCCUCUUACCUGACUUCAUUUCACCUUUACAUCUUUUAAUAAGAGACAUCUUUACCCCCAUCAGAACUCAGAAAAUGGAGUUUGGCUGUGGUAUCCGUGUCCCACUCACACCAAUGUAAACACACAUGUACCUAAAAAAUCCAAGCUCCCUCAGGUGGGUCUGAUUGAGCCGCACAGGUUCUUCUGUUGGUUUGAAGCAGACGCUCAAUGUUAUAUUUUGGCGUCACUUCUGGGAGCUCUCACAGCAUCCAUCUUUACAUACUGAUAUACUUCAUCUCUGUUCUGUCUGUACUCACAGGAAAGCACAGAGUAGCUCACAAACCAAACUCCAAACCCAAGUUUGAGGCGGUUGUGGAUUUGAAGGAGGAGGAUGAGGAAGAUGAAGAAGAGGGGGGAGAUGGAGGGAGCAGGAAAGGUGUCCUGACAGAGGAGGAGUUGUGGGCUCGGUUGGAUGAGUUGGAGAAACUGGAGGAGCUUCAGGACGAGCAGGACAGGUGGAUGAAUGCGUUCUUGUUGUUUUUUUCAGAGGCGCUAGUGUUUGCUGAACUUUGACCUCUUUAAAACUUUAAACAUUUCCUGCAGAUUGUCAGAUAACGCAGACAUGAACGGAGAGGACACCUCAUCUCUCUCCUCAGAGGAGGAGAAGGAGGGUGAAGCUGCACCUCCAGUGAACGGGCUGAGUCUGAAGCCGAGCUGGUUGUCAGCUCCCCACAGUAAAGCUCCGCCCACUGUGGACAAAAAGGAGGAAGAAGAGGAUGAUGGAGAUGAUGAGAAUGACAACAGCUGUUUGCCAACCAUCUUUUUCUCUCACACAGUUGAGCCAAAGAAGGUCGGAGUGAUAAAUAACUUUGAAUCUGCCACAGAUUUGUGUUUGAACUCAUUCUUUUCAUUUUUUACAUAUUCUGUUGAUUCAGAGUUUUGAUCAUUUUUUCUGCUUUUACCUCCAGGUGAGGAUAAACACAGGAAAAAACACCAUGCUGAAGUUCAGCGAGAGAAAAGAACAGAAGGAGCACUCCAAGAGGAAAAAGAAAAACGGACACAAUAACGGACACUCUCACCACGAGCACCACAAAAUCACAACACCUACAGAUAUCUACAGGUAAAUAUGACCGCCAGAUGUAAUAUUUUAUCUCUACUAUUUUAUGUAACUCUUAAAAGAAAAAUGUUUUUUUGUUGGGAAGUUCAUUACCAUCUGUUAUGACUGAGUAAGACAAUCUGGGAUGCAGAGGGAGGCACAGUAAAUCAAAAGUAUAACUCUGUUACCUUUUCAGCCGUUUACAGAGAGGUGGGCUUUAAUAACAUUAAAUCAGUGAGUUUAGUUCAAAAUGAGCUGAAGUUAAAGCUAAAACCUGCUACAUGUUUAACUCCGCCCCCGAAAACAAAGGUUGUACGAAGAGUGCGACAUGCUCGGGGCAGUCAGGGUCCCGUUUAUCUGGUGCUCCAGGGUUAUGUUGGAAUCUUGCACAAACUCAAUUAACAAUGUAGACAGAUUAAAACUGCCACAUAUACACACUUUACACACAAACAUCAAACAACACCAAGACUUAAGUCAGCAAUUCAGCUUUUUAGGAGUGAAUACAGUGUUAUAAGGAACUAGGCUUUGCUUUCUCUUUGAUGUAUUUUCCCGCUGUGUGUGAACCCCAGAGUCCACUGCCGUCAGGCUGUAUGGCGGGGUUACCAUAGGUCAGAAUUUGCAGACUAUUUGCACGAAGAAAGACUUGCAUAGAAGCAGUAAUUAUUUUUUAAUCUUAUUUGUGAAAAAAUUUGCCAUAUUUAUAUUUUCAUUUAAAUAUCUAACAUGAGUGAAAUAGUGUGGAAAUAAAGACAUUAAAUUGGACUAAAUACAACUGAAAUUAACGGUUUAAUUCAUGAUUUAUUAGAGUGAAAUUCACUUCAUAAAUGACCCACUAGAAUAAUUGAAGACCAACAGAUUGAAUGAUGCAUCCCAAGCUCUGCCUCGGUGUCAUUAUGGUGGAUUCUCUUCCUGCUACUUUUGCCUGCUGAUAUUUAAACGUUGAUCUAGUUCUGACCUCAAAUAAAAAGCAGAAAACUUAUCAGACAAAAAAGACCCAGAUACAAUUUCCACAUGUUGAUGUAGAAUUUGUUAAAGGAAUAAGCCAAAGGUGAGCCGGCUACUUUCAUUUACUCUGAAGCUCCAACCGUCCAGGUCAAAGAGAGGUAGAUAGAGCAGGGUCUAAAGGUCGAAGGUUAUCCAAAGUGAAUAGUAAAUUUCAGACUGUGAUCUCAGUGUGAAUCUGGUCUGUUGUUUUGCGCAGGUUGUUUGUGGAUGUGAAAAACGGAGAGCCCAUUCCCAGGAAGUCCAUCCUAAAGUCCCGCAGCCGAGAGAACAGCGUCUGCAGCGACACGAGCGAGAGCAGCGCGGCAGACUUUGAGGAGCGCCGGAUGAUCGGACGCAGCUUCAGCCACGACGAGGCGACGCACAGCGACACCAGUGACGGCAUCACGGAGGAGGACAGCCCCACAGCGGUCCCUCUGCACCCCACCAGCAGAUUUGAGGUAAACCAAAGAGCUGAUCCUUUAUUUUGCUUACUUCAGUCUCUGUCUUUAAUCUCAGUCAACAUCCUGUAAUAUACCUCGAUCACAAAAACAAUUAAUGAAAAUGACACCUCUGAGCCCCAGACUGCUUAAUGAGAACAUAACAAAACCCCCACAGAGGCCUCUUUACGUUAAAACAGCUGCUGCAUAUACGGUCAAACAGUCAUUAAAUCUCUGAUACACAAGGCUACAUGAACAGAACAGCUAAACCCUUCAGACCCUGUGGUGACCCUGAGCACCUGCUCUGUAUUUCAGUAUCACACCCAGGAGCACCCAUCAUUUUUAAACACUGCCUAGUGUAUUGAAAAAAAAAAAAAGAAACAGAAUAAAGCCUGAGCUGCAUCAUGUAGGUGCUUCAGGUCAUUGUCAGGAAUCAGAACUGAAAAUGCAGAUUCUGUGUCCCUCAGAAGGAAAGAUGGGAAGAGGUUCACCACUCUGUGAGAGACUGUGUGAGCUAAUAGUUCAACAGUUUCAGAAUAAUGUUCCUGAGUGUCAAAUGUGAAAGAAUGAGUGGAUUUCAUCAUCUACAGUAAAUGAUAUCAUUAAAAGAUUCACAGGAUCUGGAGAAAUCUCUAGACUAAAGGGACAAGGACCAAAACCAAGACUGGAUGGUCCUGAUCUUCAGGCCCUCAGGCAGCACUGCAUUAAAAACAAACAGGACUCUGGAGUGGAAAUCACUGCAUGGACUCUGAAUAACUUCCAAAAGCCAUUUUCAGUAAACACAGUUCAUGACUAAAUCCACAACUGAGGUUCAAACUGAACCAUUCAAAGAGGAAACCGGAUAGAAACAGGAUCCAGAGACACCAGCAGCAGCUUUGGCAUUCUUUUUGGAAGUCUUAGACACUGCCUCCUCCUCUCCAAAGGGUUAAGGGAACCACAUAGAUUUAUUUUAUAAAAAAGAUUUUUUUUUCAGUAUCAGCAUGUGUUGUUUUGUUAUAAAAACAUGUAGAAAGAGUUGUGUGUUAUGAAAAAAAAAGCACAUUGUCAUCAGUUCUUCUCUUUCUUGAGCCUGUUUUUAGCUGUUAGUUCAGUCAAAGAGGUCAUUCAAAGGUCUUUGGUGAACUCUCUGACUGACUGACUCUCUUCAACCUUUAUCCUAAAUCAUCAGACCAGUUCAGUUGUCGAUUCUCACUCUAAAUCCAGAUUCUUCCUCUCCUUCAGGCUUUCUCUGGUACGGUGGUAGAAAAGGACCCGAUGCCUUCAGCUGUUCCUCACCUGACCAUCGUUCCUCCGGCUCUGCCCACCAUCCUGGAGAGGAAACAGGAGGAGGUGACGCCUGACGUGGCCCCGCCUGAAAAAGCCCCGAAGAGGGUAUCGAAGUUUAAAGCAGCACGGCUGCAGCAGAAGUGACUGAACAAACAUCCUAUUUUCACCUAAACUUCUUAGUUCUGAUUUUUUGCAGCCCUCUUCUUUCUUUUCUAUGACUGAUUAAACUGGACAGACCAUCCUCUCUUCUUUCUGGAGUUUAUCUCUCUUCAUGUGUCACAGUGAGGAAAAGCACAGCAGCAACUCUAACAGCUCCCCUGUGUGCACACUUCUCUCUAACAAGUUUCAAACACACCUAAAUGCGUUUCCUCAUCCUCUCUCCUGACAGUGAAAUCUCUCUUCACUUCUUCUCUUUUUGGAGCCUGUUAAACUGAUCACCUGUCUGUCACCUGUUUAUCCGCUGAUCCUCGCUCAUGUCGUUGUAGAUCAGUAUUUAGACUCCACCUGUUAGGAUGAGUCGCCUUGUUUUGUUUCUUUUGGAUCAUGAACAGAAUCAGGUGCCGUUUGCGCUCCUUUGAUCUGCCUAAUGAAUGUAUGUGAUCCUUUGUGAUGAGCUUUAUGUAAAGACAAAAAAGAAUAUUGAUGGAAAAUAAACCCCUUUUGACUAAAAUCU